UUUUUUGAUUUCUUUUCCGCUUGCCCUGACCGAACUAAUCGCGCUUUUUCCCUCUCUCUCUUUCAGUCAAUCCUACACACCCUUCUUUCAUUCCUACUCCUCCAUUCUUCCGCUUCACUUUUCUUUUAUACAUAACUCAAUCACGAAACCAUGGCGAAAAUUCCCCGCAACUUCAAAUUGAUGGACGAGCUCGAGAAGGGCGAGAAGGGUAUUGGCGACGGCACCUGCAGCUACGGACUCUCGGACGGCGAUGAUAUUCUGAUGUCAAACUGGAACGGAACGAUCCUUGGACCUGGACACACUGUCCAUGAGAACAGGAUUUAUAGUCUGAGGAUUCAUUGCGGUGACAGCUAUCCGGAUGUGCCCCCGACGGUAUCAUUUGUGUCGCGCGUCAACCUCCCCUGCGUGAACCAGACAUCCGGACGUGUGGAUCCCUCAAAGUUGACAUGCUUAAGUAACUGGAAGAGAAACUAUGGCCUCGAGACUGUAUUGACUGAACUGCGCCGAGAGAUGGCUUCGCCCAACAACAGAAAGCUUCCUCAACCACCAGAGGGAUCAACCUUUUAAAGCAAAGGAGAAACAGGGAUAAAAGCCAUUACUACCGACAGGAUCAAUUGGACAGCGGACAGGUUUUCGGUUUUUUUUUUCUUCGCUGACGUAUUUUUUUUUUUUUU